UAUUUAUUAUUACAUUAUAAUGAAAGUUAUUUCAUUAAGUUCAGUAGUAUCCAAGAGUUAUUUCAGUUUAAACAAAACGUUUUUAUCGAACACUGUAACUUAGCAACGAGAAUAAAUAUAAUUGUAGUACUUUCGUAUUAUAAAUGCUUGUGAGUUGUUUAAUUACUUUCUAAUCAGUUAAAAUGCCGCCAAAAAGAUCUCUAAACAGCCUUAUUAUCCACCCCGAUGUGGAACCUGGCGUAAUAGAUAAUGCUAUGCUCAUACGAUGUAUUCUAGAGUACGGUCCCACUGAAGAGGCUGGAAGACUAUUUGCUGAGGAAGGCGUACAUCUCGAAGAAGCUGAAGUAGUUCGCCUGGAAUUCCAGAACAUCCUUAGAAUCGAUCAUCUAUGGAUGCUGAAAUCCCUUACCAAACUAACUUUAGCUCAUAAUUUGAUAGAAAAGAUUGAGAAUCUUGAACAAUUAACUGGACUUAAUGAACUAGACUUGUCGUUUAAUAAAAUUGAGAAAAUAGAGAAAUUAGACGCUCUGGUUAAUUUGGAGGUGCUAACGUUGUUUCACAACAAGAUAAGGAAACUGGAAAAUUUGGAAUCGCUUGAGAAAUUACUUGUGUUUAGUAUUGGUGACAAUUUGAUAGAAGAUUUCAAGGAGAUGGCAUACCUUCGUCAAUUCCGCAAGCUCCGAUCUGUUAGCUUCAAAGGCAACCCAUGCUGCGAUGAACCAAAUGCCUACGCAUUCGUAAGAGCUGCUCUUCACAGAGUCACUUACCUAGAUUAUAAGAUCAUCACCGAAGAGGAGAGAGAGUCAGGGAAGGCUUUGUUUAGAGGAUUGAUUCGAAAAAUGGAUGAAGCUGAUGAAAAGACGGAACAAGAACGAAUUGCUAAGGAAGAAUACGAUGCAAAGGUGACAUUUUAUGCGAUGUCGUUCGUGGAGUACCUAAGCGGGCCUGAACUCCUCGACACUAUGUUUGACAAGGAUCCUGACGGCGCAUUAUUGCUCAGUUUUGGGGGAGAAUUACAAGCUUAUUUUGACCAGUACAGGGAACAGUAUGUGGAAACAAUGGCUACUCUAGUUGACUUUGCCCAAGAAGCAUACACAGAGAGACAAAACGAAAUUAAACUUUUUAAAGAUCUUGUCGACACUGCUCUGGAGGAAAGCGUUGAGAAAAGCAAAAAAACAUUAGAUGAAUUCCAUGAAAAGAAGAAGCCGAUCAUGGCAAAGGUAGACGAGUAUUUCUCAAAAAUCGAUGCUAAGCAGAUGGCAGUCGAGGAGGCGGAACCAUUGCUGAUAGAACUGGGGGAGCAGUUCCACGAAACUUUGUAUGAACUAUGGAAGGCUUUGAUGACCAUUGAAAUGCAGCUAUUUGAACAGUGUGAGGACUCCAGGGUCCAGUUUGCUGUAAAUAUGACAGAACUAGUAACAAAACUUCUGGAGGCGUCGCGCACAGCAUUCGGUGCGUGGCGCGAGCAUGAGGGAGUAUGGUCGACGCGCCAGUUCGAGAUCCUGUCGAAAUACCUUGGCAACAAGGUCAUGCUGGGAGACGCGUCUCGCGAACUCUUUGAUAUAAUGAUGGACCGUGACAUGAUGAUGAAUGUAGUAGCUGCAUCAUCAGAUAACCACAUGCGCUUCAUAGACGCGCGUGAAGAUCUCCUCAUGACCCGCGCUAAUACUUGGCGAGAUGACCUGGUGCAAGGGACUAACGACAAUGAAGUUAAGCGGAACCGUGACCGUAUUUUGGAGAUCAACUACUUUAUAGACAACCAACGAGAGGAGUGGUCCGACCUUUAUAUGUCACUCACUGACACCAUGGAUCCGGACGCUGUAGCCCUACUCGCAGACGAGUACACAUAAUCAUGUAAUUUUAAAUAAAUGUUUUUCUACAC